AGCAGUUGAGAUUUGGCUGCUUACGUGGUAUUGUGCAUAGUUACUUUGUUUAGUGACGGUAAAGCUUGAAUGAUAUUGGGCUUGAAUUUGAUUUGUGUUUGAAUUUAUUUCAGUGUUAAAUUCUUGGGCUGAUUAACUUUUCAAUCUUACUAUAUGUUUGUGUUUCAUGGACCUUUUUCCAGAAACAUACUUUAACUAUUUAAAUAAAAAGAUUUUAAUUUAUGCACAAAAAAUACAAUGGCAACAGUUUCAUUGUCUUCGGUUCCAAAACGUUUGCGUAUGGUUGAAGACUUUCGGUGCACGUCUUGUCAAGAGCUGAAUCUCGAGGAAUCUGCAGAUAUUUACUGUGAGGCAUGUCAUAUGUUUUACUGUAAAAGAUGUGGUCACCUUCAUAAUCGGCUUUCUACAGAGCAUACUACUGUUGGAAGGGGAGAUAUUAAGAAAUGGCCAGUUCCAAAGGAGGUGGAGGAUUUUCUCAGGAUGUGUGAAGCACAUGAGGAUAAAAUACUGACACAGUUUUGCCAAGACCACACUCAGCUGUGCUGCUCUGAUUGUGUUGUAAAAAUCCACAGCCAGUGCAGUAAAGUGACCCAGAUUUCGGAGCUGACCAACUCGCAGCCCACAGGCCUAGAGGGGCUGUCAGUGGAGCUGGAAACUGUCCUGGGGGAAAUUAAAACCCUGCAAAUCAGUCAGAAGGCCAGCAUUCAGUCAUUGCAGAGAACAUACAAGGAACAUAGUGCAGUUAUGAUAGAGCAAAUGCUUGGCAAUUUAAAUACUUAUAUAGAUGAAUGUGAUAAUAAUUCUGUGGGUACAUCAGGCGGAAAUGAGCAAUAUUUAAAAGAAGAGAUGUGUAGGAGUGUUCUCUCUAUCGUGAAUGAAUUUGAUAAUAUUACUACGAAGGAACUUAACGAGAUGAAAGAUGAAGUUUUAAGUAUUAAAGAGUCAGUUACAAGUUCUAUUCAUAAAUGCACCACUCUUCACAAUGACUUGUCACAAUUCCAUGAACUUGUUCAGAAAAUUGGAGAUAAUAAGGAGCUCUGUCUUAUAGCCAGCAUAAAAUGUAAGCAUAUAAUACAGCAAGCAUUGACUGUGCUAGGAAAGUCAGGCAAGGCGUUUAAUGUCCAGCAGAAGUCUGUGCACAAUGUGAGAAUACCAUGUGAUUCAGUUACAUGUGAUAUCUCAGGCAUAUGUGUUCUUCCAGAUGGACAGGUCCUGGUUGCAGACUUCGAUAAUAAGAGAGUCAAGCUUCUGAGCCAGCAGUACCAGGUGGUGAGUCACUGGGAUGUGAAUGCUUAUCCACGGGCCAUAUGUUUGAUCACACCGAAUGAGGUUGCUGUGGCUGUGAAUGACUAUGAUAGCAAGAUACAUGAGGUCCAGUUUAUCACUGUCAACCAGGGAAAGCUUGUUUCUGGCAGGAAGUUUCAGUUACAACAUGAAUGUAGAGGUAUUGCCCAUCAAAAUGGAGACCUUUUUGUCACCUCUGGUAAAGAUUUGUACAAAUACACAUUGAGUGGCAAACUGAUCUGCAGACUCUACCAAGAUAGAUCAGGUGAUUUGACAGUAUACAAGUGUGCUGUGAGUCCCACAGGAGACAGGCUGUACAUCACCAGCUGGUCCCAUGACAAGCUUCUCACCCUGGCCAGGGAUGGCACACUCCUGGCUACAUACACAGACCCAGCACUAGUGCGCCCAUAUGGUCUACAUGUGACCCCUGCAGGCCAGGUGCUGGUCUGUGGAUGCUGGUCCCACACUGUACUACAGGUGGGCUGGGAGGGAGAGAGUGAGCUGGCUGCGCUGGCUACUGAGGAGGAUGGAGUGUGGGGGCCAUGGUCAGUCUGCUACAGCAGCACCACAUCAUCCAUCAUUGUGGGACAGUUGGAGGACAACAUCCUGGUGUUCAGAGUGGAAUAGUGUGUACAUUUGCUGCUGGGUCGGGACAACGAUGCUGAGGAUGUGGGGGACAAGCAUGACGCAGAAGGUGAGCACCAGCAUUGAUAUCCAGUUGGCCAAGCAACAGCACCAGUCCGGCCUGCAGGAGCCCCAACACUAAAUGAUCCUUUGCCUUCCCUGAUCCCUAGCUCCUCCCACUGGACCUCCGGCCUCAAAGGGUCAGCAUCGUUACACAAGUCUGUUCUGCAAUAAAUCCUCAGCACGUCAAGUUUUCACGCGCUGUUAUGAACAACCAAAAUGUCUGUGUCGAGGUUUCCCCAAGCAAGCCCGAGUAGUUUUGUUUAGCUCUAGUGCCCGAGUGGGAUGAGUGUUACAGAAGAGAGACGUUAUAGCAGUACUUAUGGUAACGCUAACAGUUAACGCUAACAGUUAGUUCUCGCUGUGGACAUCACGAAGAAUUAAACGUUGAAUAAUUUGUUUAAUUCUUUAUAAGACAGCUUUUUAUUCAGCGAGGAACGGGAGCAAAUCAAGGAACAAUCGAAACAAUAUAUUGGGAAGUAUAUCUGCUGUAGAUAGUUAGGACAGUAGUAGCGUUACGGACUGUCCUCAGUGCACCAUUUAUUCAUGUGGUGCGCAUCAGACGUGAAUUCCGCCCAUUAUUGAGAGGGCGUCGCAUUGAAUUGAGACUAAAGAAGGCUUUGAAACAUGACACCAGUUUUGUUGUAUGGUCCAGUACGCCAUUCGACUCUCAACCCGAAGUUAAUCAGAACUCAAACUCGGCCCUUAACAAUAUCCGCAAGGCCAGCAUAUCAGCUCAGCUUCUGAGCUUCAGAGCCUGUUCCUCCUGGUCCAGGACCUUUGGACAAAUGUUCAAAUAGUACUACCCACAGGAUGAAGCCACUCUGAAUCCGGGGCUCCAUACUUUCUUGGCCAGGGGCCAAAACUACCUCGUCAAUAAGCAGAGCACCAGCAUUGAUAUCAAGUUGGCCCAGCAUCCGCACGAGUUCCGCCUGCAGGAGCCCCAGUUCAGAACAAUCCUUCCCCUCCCCUGACUUCUAACUCCUCCCCCUUGACCUCCUGACUCAAAAAGUCAGCAUCGUUGAACAACUCCGUUCUGCAGGAAAUUCUGAGCAUGAUUCUGUUCUGAACAAACGCAAUGCCAACGUCAAGUUGUCCAUACAUAAGCCUGGGUAGUUUUGUUAAGCUAGAGUUCCCCGUGGGCCUGAGAGGGAUGAGUGUUACAGACACGAAAAGUUAUAACAGUCGUUAUGGUUACGCCAACAGUCAGUAGUUGCUGUUAGACAUCACAACAAAUAUCAUGAAGAAUAAAAAGUUCAAUAACUUGUUCCAAUCUUUAUGGGACAAACAGAAAUUGAACGGGAAAAAAUCAAGGAACAAUAAAAGCGUAAGCUUUUUUAGUGGGAUACUUCUGCUGUUGGUAGUUAGGACAACAGUAGGGUUAAGGACUGCCCCAGAUUGUCCUCUCAGCGACCAAAAUAUCAUAAUAGAACGGACUUUUGUCAAUGUUACUGACAAAGAAAAGCAGUAAUGACUUAGUUGUGAAUACCCAUAGCACGAUACAUCCAUGCUGACACAGAAAGGCAGUAAAGACUUGGUUGUGAAAACCCAGAGCACGCUAGAUCCAUGCUGACAAAGAAAGGCAGUAAUGACUUGGCUGUAAACACCUCGAGCACGAUACAUCCAUGCUGACAAAAAAGGCAGUAAUGACUUGGUUGUGAAUACCUAAAGCAUUAUACAUCCAUGUUGGCAAAGAAAGGCAGUAAUGACUUGGUUGUGAACACCCAGAGCACGAUACAUCCACGCUGACAAAGAAAGGCAGUAAUGACUUGGUUGUGAACACCCAGAGCACGAUACAUCAAUGCUGACAAAGAAAGGCAGUAAUGACUUGGUUGUGAACAUCCAGAGCACGAUACAUCCAUACUGACAUAGAAAGACAGUAAUGACUUGGUUGGUUAUCAAAACUCAAACUCAGCCCUUUGCAAUAUCACACCUUGCAACACAGUGUGCUUUACCAUGAAUGUUUCGCGGUUUAAAACACCAAAAUUUCAAUUUAAAGUUUGUGCGCGUAACAUAUUGAUACAUUGCUAUUCUGAGUUCUAAUCGCUAUUUCCUAAAUAUCAAUACUAGAUGAAAUGUUUGGCAUUAAAAAACAGGUGUGUAAAGUAAUUUGUUACAGUGCAUAUUCAUUUGUCAUUAAAAAAAUCAGGGUUUGGUUUGCUUGUCAUUUCCUUUUUAGCAAACAUUAUUAGACAACAAAACGAACGUUGUGUAAGUGAAAGUCCAAGACAAGUCCAACCCAGUUUGGGCACAAAUAAAACAACUAAUUAAAGAAAUUCAGUUUGUCUUGCGUCAGCCUUCAUGUAGCAAGCCUCUUAUAAACAUCACUCAAGUUGGCUACAUCAACGCUUCCAACAGCGGAGCUGGGCAUCGACACAUUGUUCCGAAUGAGUCGCUCGAACUGAAACAAUCUGAUCCAACAGAGAGCAGGCUCUGCAUGACUCGUCUGUUAAUGUGACUGACCUUGAUAUGUUGCUUUCCAAUAAUUAGAACAGUACUCCAUAUUAGCUGUCUGCGGUUGACGCAAUUCAACAACAGUUGUUGUCAGUAAUUUCUGGCUUUGGGAUGGCGAUUUGGCAUCGGGGCUUCAUCUCUGUCUUUGGCCUGGUCGCAGCAGAAGCAGCAACAAGAACAACAAUUAGUAUAAGAGACAUGAUCUGGGAUAUGGGGCUUCAUGUAUGUGCUAAAGUGUCAUCCCAUAUUAGCCUGUGCAGACUGCGAAUACAUUAAGUCCUAUUAAAGUGUCAUCCCAGAUUAGCCUGUGCAGACUGCACAUACAUUAAGUCCUAUUAAAGUGUCAUCCCAGAUUAGCCUGUGCAGACUGCACAUACAUUAAGUCCUAUUAAAGUGUCAUCCCAGAUUAGCCUGUGCAGACUGCACAUACAUUAAGUCCUAUUAAAGUGUCAUCUCAGAUUAGCCUGUGCAGACUGCACAUACAUUAAGCCCUAUUUUCCCAGAAUGAGACUCGUAUACUUCACUUAACAUCAGUAUUUUAUGUGCCUGAAAAGUUCCAAGCAUCAAAUGGGAAUUAUGUGCUUUUAAAUUGAUCACACUUAGUAAAUAAAAUGCAAAUAGCACUUGAUCUGAUAUCAAUUUUAAUCAUAGAAGGUCAGGGCAUUAAGUUUUGUAUAAUUUCGAACAAAAUUCAGCCCCUGAACCAAAAGUUUAUCCUUGCAUAAAAAUCUGCUUCAAUAGAAUUGUUAAAUUAUAUUUAAAUUUAGUAAAAUAAUUAUGUAAAAGCCUUCAGCUCAUUUUAAAAUUAUUUUCUUCAUUUAUUUUCAAUAUUUAUUUAAAUUCUUGGAUUUUGUUUUAAGAGCCUGUUCCUAUAGGAAUCCAUGCAAUCAUAGAUCGGUACCAAGCUGAACAACAGGCUGUCUGGUCAGCUGGGCCCAGACUCCCAGUGACCUUGGGGCCAAUGCUCAACUAGUCCUACUCGCAGGGUGGAGCCACUCUUAACCUGAGGCUCCAUACUUUCUUGGCCAGGGGCCAAGAUUACUUUGUCAAUAAGAGGCCUUAUACUCACAAGUUCAAGCCAAGUGAGCGAUGUUCACCAAAUCAAACUCUACAUCUCAAUAGAAUCCCGGAUAUCAAAGCGUUGAGCUUGUUCUUGAAGCAUUUGCACCAGCAACAGUCAUCAUCUCGAGUUACUGGCAUCUCUAUGGUGUGGAACCCUCCGUCUUUGAACAUCAUAACAGCACAUGAACCAGUGGCACUCAUCAUCUCAAGAUUCUGGUAUAUCCAUGGUGCAGGACCCUCGGUCUGCAAAGAUCAUGCAGAGCGAACCUCAGAUGCCAUUUGAUGAAAUCAAACCAUUCAAUCAGAAACACAGCCUGUUGCAGCAGUUGUUACCAUAUUGACCCCAGUCAAACCUAAGAAGUCCAUAGAUAAAUACUUUUUUAGAUGUGCUAGUCUUUACGUACCUCCUGGUUUGUUCAGCACUUACUCUGACUCUUUGAAUUUAAUGACGGGUGAAAAUGAAUGACCUUGUUCAGUUCGAAAUGACACAUCACAACAAUUCAAGUGGAAAGCCAGAAAGUCAUGUCAACAGCCACAUUUUGUAUGUGUAACAGCCAAGUUGUUUUCAAAGAAAAACAAUAUUUUACAUUUUAUUUUUUAUUUGACCAAUGUUUCAUGGGAAUUAUGAUGCUGUCAGUCUCUUUAUGUUGAAAGUUUUGGUUAAAAAUAGCAUGUUAAUUUUUUUUUUAAAGCACACAUAUUGCAUUUAUAUCCAAUGUCUUUGUCUGUAUAAUGAAUUUUUCACUACAUAUUUUGAUCCUUAUAAUGGUAAAUGUAUGGGAAAAACAAUUUUAUCAAAGAUAUUCUAAGAUUGUCAAGUCUGUUUAAAUGAUGCUGGUAACUUUGACAAAAUUGAAAAAAAAGGAGUAUUUUCAUAUUAUAAGAUAUGUUUCAGUUGUCUGUUUUUACCCGUAAUAUAGAUAAGCUAAUUUAAUGAAUUGUUCACGAAGGUUUAUAACUUUUACGCUUCAGCUUUUUCUGUCUUUUAAUCCUUCCGAAAACAAUACUAGUCAAUUUGCUGAUUUGGGUCGGUAUUCGAUCAUGAAUCUUGUUUAGUAGCAUACUAUUUCAUUGGAAUAAUAAUGCAUUCUGGGAAAAAUUAUUUAAUCUAACUAAAAUUAUUGAUUCUGUAAAUACCACUUUGUUGAUUUCAAUGGAUAUUGUUUGUAAAAUUAAUAUAGUAUGACUAUUGCGUGUUUGGGAAAGCUUUUAAUGAAACUGAGUAUUAUAAAAAACAAAAAAACAAAUAAAGAGUUUUAUGAAAAUUGUCAAAACUUAUUAUUGUUACUUUGUGUUGUUAGAUCAUAGAUGUGUAUGCUCACAAUUGUUAAACUUUGUUUUUGGACACAAUAGUUUAUUAUGCGUAUCCUCUUUAAUAAGUGAGUAACUUAAUCAAGAUUUAUUGAUCACUGUAUAUAUUCUGUAGGUAUAUUUUGCCAUUUAUACAUAAAGCAACUGUAGAACAAUUGUAUUUUAAAUGUAAAUUAUUCUUGUAUUGUUGCCAUUUGUAUAAUAUAAACUAACUGUUUACCUUAGUUUGUAAAAACCUUUGUAAAAAAACAUUUCCUGUGUGAAUGCUCAUAUAUAUAUUAAACUGUUAAAAUAAUGCACAGUACCAGAAAAAAAUAGUCAAUUACACAGUAAGGGAAAGUGUUGUCAUAUGCUAACAAUUGUAUAAAAUUGCGAUUGUCUCUAUUUGUAAUAAUAGAGAGCAAUAUCAUUUGCUUAAAAAAUAAAGAUGUCUGCUUUGUAAAUUAAUAAUUGUGUUUACAUCUCAACAUAACACGUAAAUACAUUAAAGUCUAAAAGGAUUUUUUGGAAUAAACACUUAAAUAAAUAUAUGUGCGUGUAUACGCUGAUAAAAAAAAUUUACAUUUCAUUUAGUUUUGUAACAGCGCAUUUGACCUUUCACGUUGACCAUCCCACACUUGCUGUCAGUGCAGUGCCUUCAUUAGGGUCAUUUUUAUGCUCCUGGUAGGGUGGCAUAUAGCAGUUGAACUGUCCGUCAUCCUUCAAAGUCAAAUGUCAAAUUUAUUGCGUCUGUCCGUCCGUCCAAAACUUUAACAUUGGCCAUAACUUGUUCAAUAUUGAAGAUAGCAACUUGAUAUUUGGCAGCCAUGUGUAUCUCAUGGAGCUACACCUUUUGAGUGGUAAAAGGUCAAGGUCAUCCUUGAAGGUCAAAGGUCAAAAAAAAUAAUCAAAGUGGCGUUCCUAUGAAGCUGCACAUUGUGAGUGGUUCAAGGUCAAGGUCAUUAGUCAAGGUCAUCCUUCAAGGUCAAAGGUCAAAAAAAUAAUCCAAAGCGGUGUUCUCAUGAAGCUGCACAUUGUGAGUGGUGUGAGUUCAAGGUCAAGGCCAACCGUCAAGGUCAUCCUUCAAGGUCAAAAGUAAAAAAAAAAAUCAAAGCGGCGUCCUCAUGAAGCUGCACAUUUUGAGUGGUGGACGUUCAAGGUCAAGGUCAUCCUUCAAUGUCAAAGGUAAAAAAAAAAUCAAAGCGGCGCAAUAGGGGGCAUACUGUGUUUCUGACGAACACAUCUCUUGUUUGUAAAUAUCCCACUGUUUAAGUUCAGCAAAUGUUUUAAGACCAGAUUUCCUUAAACUUGGGGGUGUUAUUAUUUUACUUUUAUUGAAUGCAUGAAACAUGUGUGUUCCGUUGUUGAAUAGCUAAACAUAGCUUGAUGUGUGUAGAUUGUGUGACAAAUGUUGAUCAAAUUGUUACAUAGAAAAAAACACAAUCUUAGUUAACUUGUAUGUGUUAAUUACCAAACACAAAUAUAAGUAUUUUGUAACAAUAUAAGUAUUGUCUUUAUUUGAAAUACAGAAUGAAAUGCAAUUUUAAAAUCAUGUCUUUAUAUGUUCAUCUUCUCCAAAUAAGCAUUUUGAAUAAGCAAAUAUAAUAUCUCUAUGGAAAGUAUCCGUAGGCCCCAUGCAAUUGCUUGUGUACCUCAUAUUGAUCAGGGUCUUUCUAAAUUACUUCAUGAUUGUUUAUCCCUGUCUGAAUUGUGUAAAUAGCUUCAAAAUCGUGAGAUAACUGUUAAGAGGAUUUCAAUAUUAAAAGUUAAAAUAGUAUCUUAGCUGUAACCGUACAUCUGUUGCAUUUAUUUUAACAUGUUUAUAUGUUCUGGCUCCCUGAGUUUUAUAUUGUCUAUAAUCUUGCGUACUUUAAUUGUGUUUUUUAAGACAAACAUCAUUAUACUGAUUAUGCUGUUUUUGUCCAACAUUUCUAUAUAUACAAGUUGUAUGUAAAUAAUUAAAUAUGUUUAUGUUGAUGAUAUGUAUUUCCCAAUCUAAGUUUGAUGUUGAACUCUCAAUAAACGACAUGUUUUGCCAAUUAAAUCCCGAAUGAUUGU